AACGUGGCGCGAUGGAUGCCGAAACGCUGCCUUACGCGCUGGACCUCGUUGCUGGCAGCGGCGUGUGUCUCAGCCCAGAGAAGCGGACGGCGUUGCGGACCUCGCUUCUGCUGGUGCGGCGCGACUACCGAUUCGAGCAAGUUCGCCUGUGGGGACGCAUCCAAGGCACCCGCGGGGCCUACUACGUCGCUGAAGGCCUGGGGCCGGACCGGGCAGGGCCCAGGAGCCGCCUCUACAGUUUAAACUGUGUGGAUUGGAGCCUUCUGCCACCCCCAGCUGAGGAAAUGAUUCCAAUGACAGCUGGAUUAAAGGGACGUUUCCAGGGGGAUCCAUCAUAUGAAUAUGAAAACUAUGAUAAGAAAGAGGAAGACUUAGAGAGUCACAUGUCAGAUGGGAAUGACCUUGCCUUGGUCAAGGAGGAGCUCCGUCUUGUAAUUACAGUAGAUCAGAUAGAUAAGGCAGUGGGUAUUGUUCCACGGGGUGCAUAUAUAAAGACACCACUUGGACCUGUGCAUGAAAACAGGAGUUUUGAAGGUUUGUCUUUGACUGAGGCCAAAAAGUUAAGCUCCUAUUUCCAUUUCACUGAGCCUGUAAACCUGAAGAACAAAACCCUUCUGGAGAAAGCUGAUUUGGACCCAUCCAUUGACUUUCUGGAUUCUCUUGAACAUGAUAUUCCUAAAGGGUCCUGGAGCAUCCAAGUGGAGAGAGGAGGCAGAAUAGUGGUACUGAGAAGCCUGCUGUGGCCUGGACUCACAUUCUACCACGUUCCCAAUACUAAACAACAUGGCUACAUCUACUUCGGCACUGGAGAAAAGAACAUAGAUCUGCCUUUCAUGCUGUGA